AUGUUGCCCGAGAGAGAGACUCGAGAAAAUAAGAGCAACCCUAGCUUCAUUAAGUCUCUUUCUCUAGGACAAAACUGGAAAUCUAAAUCCACGAGGAUUAUGCCGGAAGAGUUUAUGAGAAGCGCUGGUGAGGCUUUUGAACACAGGAUAGUGCUUAGUGUUCGCUGGAACAAUUCUUGGCAACUCUGGCUCCAGCAAGAGAAAAAUGGUCUGUUUAUGGUCGAAGAAGAUUGGGAUGAGUUUGUUGAUGACAACCUUUUAGGUACAGAUGAUAUCUUGCUCUUCACACAACAAGACACAAUGUAUUUUGAAGUGAGAAUCUUCAAGAAAGAUGGGAAAGAGAUCAUGUCUGUACCUCUUAAAGUUGAACCUGAGACUGAACCAUUCCAUUUUAUGCCACAUAACUCCCACCAGGAGACAUACCCUGUCUCUGCCUCUGCAAGUGGAGGAGCAAGUAAGGGUUAUGCUCAUGUCAAAAACCCUAAGCGAUACCUUUUAAAUCCAAGAAACCCUUACUUCGAGAAGACGUUAACGAAGACGAACACAGUUCUGUAUGUGAAUACUUGGGUGAUUGAGGAGUAUGGCUUGGAGUUUAGUCCUCCUAAUACCCACAUCUACUUCCUUCUUCCCGAUGGAGAAAGGCUCGAUGGCUACACCAAGGAUUACGGUCGUUCACAUAGUUUCCUUGGCUGGGCGGCUGUGUGUCAAAGGUGCAACUUGAAAACAGGAGACAAUGUGGUUUGUGAACUUGAACUCUCAGGACGUGUGGUUGUAGGCGUGAGAGUGCAUCUUGUCAACGAAUGA